GUGUUAUGCAUGUACAAACAUGCAAUGGAUGGCCGCUAAUGUCCGCUGUUCGUUCCUCUUCAGCCUAACAGGCCCGGACCAACGUCAUUGCAUUAACCGCGCCUCUCCGUCUCUAUUUCCUACCGGCUAGAUCAUCUACCAGCUCUGCAGUACCAUCUCGGCGUCCCUUCGUCCAUCGCGAGGCCUGCCCAUCUACAUCCCACUUCCGAGCCGCCCACCUAUAAUCGACCCUACAAUUGAUCGCAGCCAUUCCCGGCCCCUCGACAGGAGCCGGCCUGUCGAGCCUCGUCUAGACAUCGAACACCCACCCCUUCCUAUCCCACCCCGUAUUCUCAAGCCCCUCCUCGGGACGCUCCUUUACGGAGAUGGAGGGCCUCAGGGCGCUCUUCGUCAAGCCGGACCCCAAUGCUCAGAUGCGAAAAUGCAACGCGCUGAUCCGCUCGAAUAUCCGCAAGCUCGACCGGGACAUCGCGCAGGUGCGGCAGGCUGAGCUGAAGACGAAGAACUUGAUCCUGCAGGCGGACCGGCGGGGGCAGCGGAACCCGGGGCAGGCGCGGCAGGCGCAGCGGGAGGCGCGGGAGUUCGCGCGGGAGCUGAUCCGGGUGCGGCGGACGUCGGCGCGGCUGGUGACGUCGAAGGCGCAGCUGUCGAGCGUGCAGAUGCAGGUGAACGAGGCGUUCGCGGUGCGGCGGAUCGAGGGCAGCAUCCGCGCGUCGGUGACGGUGAUGCGGGACGUCAACGCGCUCGUGCGGCUGCCCCAGCUCGCCGGCACGAUGCAGGAGCUCGGCACCGAGCUGCUCAAGGCCGGCGUCAUCGAGGAGAUGGUCGGCGAGACCCUCCCCCUCGACGACGACCUCCUCGCCGACGACGACCUCGAGGCCGAGGCCGAGGUCGACAAGGUCCUCGGCGAGAUCCUCAAGGGCCGCAUGGACAAGACCGGCGCCCUCCCCAGCACCCCGCCCGCCGCCGCCGCCCAGCCGGCCAAGGAACAGGAGCAGCACCAGCUCGAGGAGGAGGAGGAGGACCAGGAGGCCAUGAUGGACCAGAUGAGGAACAGGCUCGAAGCUCUAAGGAGCUAAUCCCGCCCAAUCGCUCCGGCUUUCCUGCUCUCAUCCGCGCCGCGGCCUACUUAGGAAAAGGACUCCGUACCGUUGUUUGUGUUACAAGGCGAUGCGUAUCGGCGUUCGGGCGUAGCAAGCUCUACCAGGCGCCCAUCAUCAUCAUUAUUCCCAAUAUUUAUUGUUCCCCGUCAUGAUUUCUUCCGGCGGUCGGUGAAUUAAUAAGCACCGUCUUCGUCCAGCCGCGCAAGAAAGGGAGAGAGGAGGAAAAGGGGGACGGGAAGACCGCGUAUAUACAGAGUAUUGCUGCGCUAUUAGAAGGCUUUCCUACUUGGGUAUCGCUGAGCUAGACUUCGUGCGG